UCAUUUGUUAGAGAUUAUUGAAGAGAAGAGACGUUUUUGUACUGUUUGGAUAUAUUUAUUUUUAAAUACUUUAAAAAACUGUUAUUUUCAUAACAAUGCCUGAUAGCUGUUGCGUACCUAAUUGUACAAAUCGUCGGAAGACGGGUGAAGAAGGUGGAUUUUACAAAAUUCCUAACAAGAAGCAUCCUGUGUUGAGGGAGAGAUGGCUGACUGCAAUUGGCAGAAUUGAAUGGUCAGAAGAGUUAAUAAAGAAUGCCAAAGUGUGUCAUUUACAUUUUGUGUCUGGAAAAAAGUCCAAAGAUUCUUCUCAUCCAGACUGGGUACCCUCAGUAUUUGAACGUUGUGGAAAACGAGUGAGUGAGAAAAGAAAGCUGGAAAAGCAACAUAGACAUUCUCGACUCACAAAACGAAGGAAAUUAACAUCUGAACUAGUAGCUGAAAGUGAAUCUGACAAUGAUUUUAAACUCCCAGAAGAUCAAGGUCCUUCCAUGUCAGAAUUAUGUCAGAAAGUACAAGAACUUGAGGAGAAAGUUAAAUUCUUAGAAAAGGAUUUAAAAAAUGAGGUGGAUGAAAAACAGAACAUUUUAAACAAAUACACUGGAUUGAAUAGCGAAUAUGCAAAUAGAUUAAAUGAAAUUCAUGCACUUAGAAACAAAAACAAAACACUUAUAUUGAAUAAAUUUUGUUAUAAGUCAUUGAAACAAUCUCCUGAAAUGUUUUAUUUUUAUACUGGCUUAAACAAGGGAAGAUUUAAUUGGGUGGUCAAUAUUGUAAAACAUAAAAUUAAACCAGCAACAAAAUUGUUGACACAAAAAGAUCAUGUCCUUGUAGUCCUCAUGAAAUUAAAACUUGGACUUCUUAAUAGGGACAUUGCAUAUAGAUUUAAAGUUCGACCUCCUGUGAUUUCUCGUAUUUAUCGACAGUUGUUACCACUACUAGCAAAGUCAUUAUUGUUUACACUGAUAUGGCCUGAAAAACAAGCUUUAAGAAAAAAUUUGCCAAAAUGUUUUAGAUGCUAUAAAAGCUGUUGCUGUAUAAUUGACUGCACAGAAAUUUUUAUUCAGCGACCAUUAAACUUGAAUGCCAGGGCACAAACUUGGUCCAAUUACAAAAAUACCAAUACAAUAAAAUAUUUGAUAGCUUGUUCUCCAUCCGGUUCUGUCAGGAUCAUCAACUUUUGGAAGUGUCUCUGUCUUUUUUGGUCUUCUAAAGUCAAUUUUACUUAA